ACCUCUACCUCUCCGUCCGUCAGACCCCAAGGAGUCGAGCGAGCCGCAGCCGCCGUGCCAUCGAUCGCGACCUGUGCACCCAGCGACCAAUGGCGGGCGCGGCGGUGACGCCCGUGUCGCGUCACCGGCGACUAUUUAACUCCGUGCUCCCCUACCCGCUCCACUCAGUCAGCCACCCGUCUCCAUGUCCAUGCCCACCGCGGCCGCGCCCUCGUCGUGGCCCUUGGCGGCAUCGAUGGCGGCGGGUCACGCCGACCAGCAGCCUCUGCCCAUAUUCCUGUGCCCGGUCAUCCUCCACGGCGUGGGUGCCGCAGUCCACCUCCUGCUCGCCCUCGCCAUCGCCAGCCAGCUCAUCUUCGCCGCCCGCAACCGCCGCGGGAAGGAACCGGCGGCGGCGAGAGGCGGCGGGUUCCGGUGGGCCCGGCUAGCGGUGCGCGCCACGUCGGCUCUGGCGGCGUCCGAGGUCUUCCUCGCCGCGUACUCCCUGGUUUCCUGGUACCUCGACAACACCCGCGGGGGCGGCGGAGCCGCGGGGUGGCGGGCGCCCGAUGCGGUGGCGGACCAGGCGGACGCCGUGUCCCGCGCGGUGGCGUGGCUGCUGCUCGCGGCGUACCUGCAGCUCGAGUACCGCGGCCGCGGGGAGGAGCGUUUCCCGGCGCUGCUCAGGCUCUGGUGGGCGCUCUUCCUGCUGCUCUCGGUGCUGGCCGUCGCCGUCCACGCGGCGACGGGCCUCCAGUACAGACUGCCCGUGCCCCCGCUGUCAUGGGCGCGCGACGCCGUCUCGGUCCUCGCGGGCGCGGUGCUGCUCGUCGCCGGGUUCUCGGCCAAGAGCGAGGCGGCGAGCGGCUCUGUUUCAGAGGAGCCUCUGCUCAGCGGCGCGAACAGGACGGCCGGCGACACCAUCGACGCUUCCAUGUUUACAGGCGCCGGCUUCCUCAGCUUCCUCACGUUUUCCUGGAUGUGGCCACUGCUAGCCGUCGGCCACAGGAAGACGCUUGAUCUCGCCGACGUCCCGGACCUUGACCACGGAGACAGCGUGGCCGGCCUGCUCCCGUCGUUCAAGGCGAACCUCGACGCGCUCACCGGCGACGGCUCCGGUGGCCAGAAGGUCACGGCGUUCAAACUCACCCGGGCCAUAGUGCGCACCGUGUGGUGGCACAUCGUGGUGACCGGGCUCUAUGCUCUGAUCUACAGCCUGGCCAUCUACGUUGGCCCAUACCUCAUCGACUCACUGGUACAGUACCUCAACGGCGACGAGAGGUACGCCGGCAAGGGGAAGCUCCUUGUUGUCACCUUCAUCGCAGCUAAGGUGUUUGAGUGCUUGUCACAAAGGCACUGGUUCUUCCGGCUACAGCAAGCCGGGAUACGAACAAGGUCUGUGCUUGUCUCCACCGUGUACCAGAAAGGGCUCUCCCUGUCCAGCAGCUCCAGACAGAGCCGCAGCAGCGGCGAGAUGAUCAACAUCAUCAGUGUAGAUGCAGACCGCGUCGGGCUCUUCUCAUGGUUCAUGCACGACUUCUGGUUGGUGCCGCUCCAAGUAUCCAUGGCAUUGUUCAUCUUGUACUCCACCCUCGGGAUUGCUUCGCUUGCGGCGCUCGGUGUCACCGUUAUUGUCAUGCUUGCCACUGUGCUUCCGAUGCAAAUGCAGGAGAAGUUCCAGGGGAAGCUGAUGGAUUGCAAGGAUGUCAGGAUGAAGGCGACAUCUGAGAUCCUGCGCAACAUGAGGAUUCUUAAACUGCAGGGGUGGGAGAUGAAGUUCUUGUCCAAGAUCAUUGACCUGAGGAAGACAGAGGAAAGCUGGCUCAAGAAGUAUCUUUACACGUCGACCAUGACAACUUUCGUGUUCUGGGGUGCCCCGACCUUCGUAGCGGUGGUAACCUUCGGAGCCUGCAUGCUCCUAGGGAUACCAUUGGACUCAGGGAAGGUGUUAUCUGCAUUGGCCACGUUCCGUGUCCUUCAAGAACCAAUAUACACCCUUCCCGACAUGAUCUCGAUGUUUAUUAAGACUAAGGUGUCUCUUGAGAGGAUAGCAUCUUUCCUGUGUCUCGAGGAGUUGCCGAUGGAUGCUGUGCAGAGGUUGCCAAGUGGUAACUCUGAUGUCUCAGUUGAGGUCAGCAAUGGGUGCUUCUCCUGGGACGCCUCAUCUGAAGUACCAACGCUGACGGACCUGAACUUUCAAGCUCGCCACGGCAUGCGGGUUGCAGUCUGUGGGAUGGUCGGCUCUGGAAAAUCAAGCUUGCUCUCUUCCAUUCUUGGUGAGAUGCCAAAGCUAUCAGGAGAGGUCAAGGUUUGUGGAACAAUGGCCUAUGUCAGCCAGUUGGCAUGGAUACAGAGCGGCAAAAUUCAGGACAACAUACUGUUUGGCAAGGAGAUGGACACUGAGAAGUAUGACAGGGUCCUUGAGUCGUGUUCUCUGAAGAAAGACUUGGAGAUAUUACCAUUCGGUGACGAGACAGUAAUUGGAGAGCGAGGCAUCAAUCUUAGUGGCGGGCAGAAGCAAAGGAUUCAGAUAGCCCGAGCUUUGUAUCAGGAUGCCGACAUCUAUUUAUUUGAUGAUCCGUUCAGCGCAGUCGAUGCUCACACAGGCUCCCAUCUCUUCAAGGAAUGCUUGCUUGGGGCUUUGGGUUCAAAAACAGUGAUUUAUGUUACUCACCAGAUUGAAUUCCUUCCUGCAGCUGACCUUAUUCUGGUAAUGAAAGGUGGGAGAAUAGCACAAGCAGGCAAAUAUGAUGAAAUACUUAGCUCAGGGGAAGAGCUAAUGGAACUGGUUGGCGCUCACCAAGAUGCUCUCACAGCAUUGGACGUGAUUGAUGUUGCUAAUGGAGGCAGUGAGGCUCUCUCUUCUAGUGGUGCAGCAAGCCUUUCCAGGUCAGUGUCAUCAGCUGAGGAGAAUGAUAAACAAAAUGGUGAACAAGACUUUGGCAAGGUUCAAAGUGGGCAGCUGGUGCAGGAAGAGGAAAGGGAAAAGGGAAGGGUUGGGUUCUGGAUCUACUGGAAGUACCUUACAUUGUCUUAUGGAGGAGCUCUUGUACCAUUCGUGUUGAUAGCUCAGAUACUUUUUCAAGUACUUCAGAUUGCUAGCAAUUACUGGAUGGCUUGGGCCUCUCCUGUGUCGAAGGAUGUCGAGCCUCCAGUGAGCAUGUCAACACUGAUCAACGUCUUUGUCGCAUUGGCUGGUGCAAGUUCGCUGUGCAUCCUCAUACGAGCACUGUUUCUUGUGACAGCUGCAUACAAAACGGCAACUCUGUUAUUCGGCAAGAUGCAUAUGUCAAUUUUCAGAGCUCCUAUGUCUUUCUUCGAUUCCACUCCAAGUGGGCGCAUCUUGAAUAGAGCUUCAGCUGAUCAAAGUGAAGUGGACACCAGCAUUGCUCAACAGAUGGGUUCAGUCGCAUUUUCCAUGAUACAACUAGUUGGAAUUAUUGCUGUAAUGUCUCAGGUUGCAUGGCAGGUGUUUGUUGUUUUUGUUCCUCUAACUGUGGCCUGCUUCUGGUAUCAGCGCUACUACAUUGAUACAGCCAGAGAACUGCAAAGGCUGGUUGGGGUUUGCAAGGCUCCUAUAAUACAGCAUUUUGCAGAAUCCAUUACUGGAUCAGCAACCAUCAGAAGCUUUGGCAAGGAAAAUAUGUUUGUAUCAACUAAUAGCCAUCUAAUGGAUGCCUUCUCUCGACCUAAAUUCUAUAACGCUGCAGCAAGGGAGUGGCUUUGCUUCCGCUUGGAUACGCUAUCAUGCCUUACAUUUGCGUUCUCUUUGUUAUUUCUGAUCAGUCUACCGACUGGUUUCAUUGAUCCAGCAAUUGCUGGUCUCGCUGUCACAUAUGGGCUUAAUUUGAACACACUCCAAGCAUUUGUAGUCUGGUGCAUGUGCAGUUUGGAGAACAAGAUUAUAUCUGUAGAAAGAAUUCUGCAAUAUAUAAGCAUUCCAGAAGAGCCCCCUCUUUCAAUGUCAGGAGAUAAGUUGCCUUAUAACUGGCCGUCAGAGGGAGUAAUUGAGCUCCAUAACCUCCAUGUGAGAUAUGCUCCACAACUACCAUUUGUUCUAAAGGGCCUUACAGUCACUUUUCCUGGAGCCAUGAAGACUGGCAUUGUUGGAAGAACAGGUAGUGGUAAAUCAACUCUUAUACAGGCCCUUUUCCGUAUUGUGGAUCCUACUAUCGGUCAGAUACUAGUAGACGGUGUCGACGUUUGCACCAUUGGACUGCAUGAUCUGAGAUCUAGACUGAGCAUCAUUCCACAAGACCCAACGAUGUUCGAGGGAACUGUAAGGAGCAACAUUGACCCUCUCGGAGAGUACAAUGACAAUCAAAUUUGGGAGGCAUUAGAUAACUGUCAGCUAGGAGAUGAGGUCAGGAAAAAGGAGCUGAAACUUGACUCACCAGUGAUAGAGAAUGGAGAGAACUGGAGUGUGGGUCAGCGCCAGCUUGCCUGUCUUGGUAGAGUGAUUCUGAAAAGGAGUAAGAUACUGGUUCUGGACGAAGCCACUGCUUCAGUGGAUACCGCGACAGACAACUUGAUCCAGAAGACACUACGGGAGUAUUUUUCGGAGGCGACGGUCAUCACAAUUGCGCAUCGAAUCACCUCGGUCCUCGACAGUGAUAUGGUCUUGCUUCUUGACAACGGUGUUACCGUGGAGAGUGACACACCGGCCAGGUUGCUGGAGGAUAAGUCGUCUCUGUUCUCAAAGCUUGUAGCAGAGUACACGAUGAGGGCUACGUAGCAAACGAGUGAAAGCUCCGCGGCUUUUGUUGAGCUAGUCUGAAUGUUGAUAAUGCAGAACAAUUGCUGGUAGGAAGUAUUAGCAGAUCUGCCACGGAUAACUUUUUGCGGCCAUCGCUUGGUGGCCGAGGAAUCGGGAGAGGAAGGGAGGGGGAAGGGAGGAAGGAGAGGCAACUGGGAGGGUGUGUUCGGGAGAUAAGAGGGUUUGUUAGGAUUAGGACCGCUGGGAUAGACCACAAUGGCUGUCGUCGCCGUGCAUAGGUGCAUGUACUGUACUUUUUUUUGGGUAGAAUGAUUAGAACUUACAUUACAGAUAUAUAAAAAUAUAUAGACAUGAAACAUGGAGCUUAAAUUUAAAUA